AUGCUGCGCAACGUGAACGUGAACGCCGCCACUGGUAGCAGCAGCAUCUUUGGUAGUGCCGCCGCGGCUGCAGCAGCGGCUGCUGGUCUCAAUACGCUGCACAAUCCGAAUAUUGGCGGCAAUAUUGGCAGCAGCAGCGGCGGCAGCGGCACCAGCAACAGCAAUGGGAAUACACAUGAUAUACACCUGGAGCAACAUCAUCACCAUCAUCAUCAUGGCGCCACGCACCAUCAUCCGCACCAUCAGCAAUUGACGCAUCCGCAUGCGGCGCAUCAAUUGAUGCAACAACAACAACGUAAAGCCUAUCUUAAGUCCAUGCAACAACACUACCAACAACAGCAGCAACACAGCGCCAGCAGUACUUCCAGUGCGCACAAACUCAGCGCGCACCAACAGCAAUUGCUGCAAAGUCAGCUGACGCCGCCAGAGCUGCAGGAUGACGCAUCGAACAUCACAACCGAUCUGAACGAAGAGCAACAACUGCAACUACAACAGGCGGCGCAGCAACAGCACCAGCAAUUGUAUAACAAUUAUCAACAGUACGCGGCGGCCGCCUCCUAUCGCAACUGGAACCACGGCUUGGCGCUAAAUGGCGCGGCAGCAUUGCAGAAUCUGCUGUAGUGUUGCCAACACUGAACAUGCGUGCGCUGACAAAGCACUGCUUUGUUGCCUGGCGCAUCGUCUACCCAACUGCCUUGCAAGCGGUUGCUGUUGCAAUUAGCGUACAGUUGGCGACCUGCGCGCGUACGCCAGUUAUUAGUGCGCGCGGUUAGCUGGCGCGGCUGCUUCUUGGUGCAUGGUUUUCCGCUGGUAGCGCGGUUGUGCUGUGGACGCCGUUGUUCUGUGCUAUUUUUGGCGCGCUUUUGUGCGCAUGCGGCGUGGGACCAGCGCGGCUGUGCGCGCGCGGUGAGAUUGUUGUUCGCAUAUACACAUUUAUGGUUCAAUGCACAUAACUCUUGAAAGUAAGAUGUUGUAAAUAUGUAUUUAGUCUAGGUAUACUCUUUAUUAUUUUUAACUUUUCUAUGAUUUUGUUCCACACACAACUGUCCCCUUACAGGCCUUAAUUAGACUACAGUAUCUCAUUUAGUUUCUCUUCUGGCUAUUGGUGCCAGUUUUGAGCUUGUAGAUAUGUACAUUUUGCUCAUGCUAACUUCUUUAUAUUUGACAUUUGCUGUACUUUUGUUUGUAUGUAUGUAAAGUGCAGCUGGAUUUCUUCGUCAUGUAAGCAGCAAUCAAAAGUGAUGUAGUUGUAAGCGAAAAUGUUUUCCAAUUUAAGAAAUAAUAAUUUCAAAUUAUGAUUGAUUCAUAAAAAGUCCCCAAAUACCGCCCAAUAUUUGAUAUAUUGCGCGUAGGAAAACAGCAAGUUUUUCAAUUUCGAUUUAGGCGCCUUUGCAUUUACGCUUUAUGCGCGCCUUUUGAGAAAGUUCACAGCUAAACCCUGGCAGGUUUUCCCUUUGACACAACUUCCGUGCCAUGUAUGUAAACACUCUUUUGUCUGUGUAUGUAUAGAUAAUUGAAGGAAUCUGCAGAGCAAGAAAAAAUAUGAAAAGUAAUAAUUAUAGUAUAACAGUAAUAUUUUUUAUACAAAAUAUUAAUUUUUAAGUGCUGUAUAUUUAAUUAUGCAAAUAUAUUUUUUAGUUUUAUAAUCGCAAAUACUAUUAUAUAUUAUCCUUCCAAGGUUUUUAUUUUAUUUUGUAAGUUCACUGUCUCUUAUUAUUAUGUUUUUAGUGUAGCUAUGUUAUGCGCCAAACACUUUAAUAUGUACGCGAUAACACAAUGCAAGUGCAAUUGAUGUAAAUUUGAAGAAAAAAAGAAAUACUUUUAUAUAUAAGUGGAAAAUUCACGUGAUCGCGAGUCGAUUAACGCUAACUAAAUUCGAAUUGAAAUGAUCAAAAACCAAAAAAAGAAUCUUCAGCAAAUUUAUAACUAAAAUUAUGUUAACGGUUUAGUGUUUUUAAGUUUUUAGUACGAUGCGCUUUCUAAUUUUAGAGCAUAAUAAAUAAAAAAAGAAUGUUUCCAAAAAAUUAACUGUCAUAUACACUUACAUUAGGGGUGCCCUCAAUUUUUUGUGGUUAUGUUUUGUUUUUCUAAAUUUACAAAAUGUUUAUUUUUGCAAAAAAUGAGUUGCCAUAUACAUACAUUAGGGGCGUCCUUAAUAUAUUUUGGUUUUGAUUUUAUAAUUUAAGAAAAAUAUUUGUGUUUGUAAAAAAUUAGCAGGCAUAUACACAUAUUAGGGGUGUACAUAAUUCACCUAAUUUUUGUUUUGCUCUUCAAAUUUAGCAGAAUAAUAUUGUUCAACAUUUAUUUCAUUUUUUUUUUUGAAUAAUAGUCACACGUUAGGGGUGUCCUUAAUUCACUGCAUUUUUGUUUCGCUUUUUUAUUUCUAUAGAAUAAUAUUUCUUUAUUUUUUGCAAAAAGUUGGCAGUCAUAUAUAUACGUACAUUAGGGGUGUCCAUAAUUUCCUGCAAUUUUGUUUAGCUCUUCUAAUUUUGCAGUGUAAUACUAUUUUAUUUUUUACAAAAAGUGAGCAGUUAUGUCGUACGUACAUUAGGGGUGUCCAUAACAUAAUGUAUCCUUGUUUUGCUUACAUUAACUUACAAAUGUAAAAUAAAUAUGCAAAAAAAUUAUAUAAAAAUAUGUUUUUUAUUUGCUUUAUGAAAUGUUCAGCAGAAAUAUUAACAAUUUUAUGAAACAUUCUAAAAAAAUAAAAUAAAAUAUUAACAAAAAAAUUUGUGAAAAUGCCGAAAAAUAAAAUUUCAAUCAACUUCAAACAGUUUCAGUUUCAGUCGAGUGUGUCUAUUUGCCAUUGUGAUAUGCACUGUAAUUUAGCUCACACAAUUCUGCAAAAGAAAAAAAUAAAUUUCAACUAGAACAAAAGUAUGAUAAAGAUGCAAUUUUGUUUAGCCACUAUGCGAAUGUACAUAUUACAGUUAAGUUCAGAUAAUUUUAAAAAAUAAAAUAUUUUUUUUUUAUAUUAUAAUUUAAUAAAUAAUAAAAAAAUUUUAUAAUUUCACCAGAAUAAUUUUUUGAAAUGUAUUUACUCACAAAAUAAAUACUAACUUUUUUUGAAUACUGAAAAUUUUCCAUUAUAUUUUUUUUGACAACUUUAACAAAAUAAAUUAAAUUUUAAAUAUGUAAAUAUGAAAAAAAAUAAUUACAAAUUUUUUGCUUAUAUAUUUAAAAAAUAAAAUGAAUUUAUUUUUAUAAUUUCCCCAAAAUUUUUUUUUUAAUUUUUUUGGUAACUUCGACAAAAUAAAUUUUUGUAAAUAUGUAAAUAUAUAAAAAAAUAAUUAAUUUUUUCCACAUUUUUUAAAUAUGUAAAUACUUAAAAAAUAUUUUUUUGUUUUCAAAAAUAAAAUAAAAGGACAUGCCUAAUGUGUAUAUCAUUAUGUACAUGUAUGUAUAUAAAAUAAAUCCACAAAUGCCUACAAUAAUUUAAAUUAGCACAAAAAUGCAAGGCCAAUGAAUUUCCAGCUGACUUCUUAUACCUUUUUAUAUAAAAACUUAAAAACCCGAGCAAAGAAUUGGUAAAAAUACAAAAACUGCAUGUAAAAAGCAACAAAGUUGCAAAAACGCUAUCAAAAUAAAAUUAAAAACUGUAAAUUGCCGGCGCUCUGAGAAAACACACGCACACUAAAUGCGAAUGAAAAACAAUAGCAAAAACAAAAACAACAAAAAACACAGAAAGUGCAUCAACUUAAUAAUAGCAUGUAUAUAUGUAUGUAAAAAAUAUUGCAAAUGAAUUAAACAUUUUUUCACGAAAGCUUAGCUAAAUGCAAUAAAAACUAUGAACGAAUGACGUCGGUUAAUCCGUUAGGUUACCUAAUUAAUUAUAUAUAGUAUACCAUUAAACAGUUAAUAUGUAAGCACAGGCAAACGAAAAUACAUCUUAUGUAAGAAAAAAAAACUAACAAAAACAAAAAAAAAAAAACAA